AUGUCCGUCGCAACACCAAAUUCUCGUAUUUCAUUCGCCUCCUUGUCCCCGAACAACUUGGGCACGGUCAGGAAACUGAACUCUGUGUUGUUUCCCAUCAAAUACUCGGAGAAAUUCUACAGCGACAUAUUAAAUCCUGAUUACGAGGAAUUUUGUAAACUUGUGUAUUAUAAUGACGUCCCGGUCGGCACAAUCUGCUGUCGUUUGGAAACCAAAGGAGAUCAGACACUCCUCUAUCUCAUGACGAUGGGUAUUCUUGCACCCUAUCGUUCAAGGAAGCUGGGCUCUGAGAGUCUCGACCUCGUCCUUCGCGCCGCAUCGUCUCAUCACCAACCGAAAAUCGAUAAAAUAUAUCUUCAUGUCCAAAUAUCUAACGGUGAUGCCAAGAGGUUCUACGAGCAACAUGGUUUCCAGGAAGUUGGGAUUCACAAAGACUAUUACAAAAAAAUUGCCCCUCAUGAUGCUUGGAUUCUUGAAAAGACGAUCUCAGCGACUUAA